AACAGGUGCUGCGGGGGCGGAGCGGGAGGCUCUCCCUCCGCUUCCGGUUCCGGUUGGCUCCUGGAGGGAGGGAGAGAUGUUACCGGCACCGAGGGGGAGUGCCUUGGCCUUAUUCCUGGGAUUUGCAAUCGCGGCGCGCACCAUGGCUGGAGCACCCACGGUCUCGCUCCCCGAACUCCGAUCACUCCUAGCCGCUGGUCGCGCCCGGCUCUUCGAUGUGCGAUCUCGGGAGGAAGCAGCAGCGGGGACGAUCCCGGGGGCGCUCAACAUCCCGGGUACAAGAUGGAGAAGGGAGGUCCCCGUGUCAGACUAGGACAGCCGGGAAGGGCUCACCGAGGGUGUCCGAGCUGGAAAGCGCCCUGCAGAUGGAGCCGGCUGCUUUCCAGGCCAGGUACUCCGCUCAGAAGCCCACGCUGGAGGAGGAGAACCUCGUUUUCUUCUGUCAGAUGGGCCGGCGGGGCUCCCAGGCCGCGCAGCUGGCCCGGAAGCUUGGAUACACAGGGGCACGAAACUACGCUGGGGCCUAUAGAGAAUGGUUGGAGCAACAGGGUUAGGUUGGAGGUGGCUGCUCUAGCCAGGGCUGGUGAAGGGACUGACCCGCUGAGUUGGGCAGCACAUGCAAGCCUGCAAUAAAGAACAUUUUCUGAAA